AUGGCGAUCUACAGCCUGGUCCUCGCGCCGUUCUUCUCUUUCCCGCUUUUGUCCCUGCUCGUCCUCCCAAUAAUUGUCCUGGUCAUUCGUUCCUCAUAUCGACUGUCUCCCUUCCACCCACUCUCUCACGUACCCGGCCCCGUUAUACCUCGGUUAUCAUCGUUAUGGUUGACGUGGCACGCAUGGAUCGGAGAUGAAGCCACCAUCACCGACGCCUUGCACAAGAAAUAUGGACCCAUCGUGCGAACAGGACCGAACAGUGUGGACAUUGCCGACGGAGCCGCCCUCGCGACCAUAUACACUGAGAAAGGUGGGUUCGGCAAGACGGACUUCUAUGCAAACUUCGAUAUCGAUGGGCACCCAUCCAUCUUUUCCGAGACGGACCCAGCUCGACGCGCUCCCCGCGCAAAAGCGGUGGCUGCGUUGUUCUCGACGACGAACCUCCGACAAGGACAAGAUAUCAUAUACGAAGUCGUCGGCAGAUUCGUGGAUAGGCUCAAGGAAGGCAAGAAGCCAGAGAAAUUGGGCAAGCCGGUGAACGUCUUGAACUUCACUCGAGGUUUGGCUGUCGAUGCCGUGUCGUCGUACCUGCUAUGCACCUCGUAUGGCGCACUCGAGGAGUUCGGAGCACGCGAAGAGAAAAGAGCGGUUAGGAAGGAGAUGUCGGGAACUCCAGACUCGGAAAAUCACGAACAACAUAUGAGUGCCAGUGGCAUGGUCGACUGUUUUGUGGCAGUUGGUAGAUUCUGGUACCUCCCGACGUGGGCGUUCAAGUGGAUUGAGUCGUUCGAUGCGUGGUGGAACGCGGAAGCCGAAGUGUCGACAAGCCUUUCUCUGGUUGAUGAGUACGUCAACGGCGUGGUUGCUCAGGCCGAGGCGGCAAUUGCUGCGUCCGAGUCGAGCGAGAAGACGUCUCAUCCAGUGACCUCGUACCCUGCCCGACUGCUUCAAGCGGGUUUCACGGUCUCAGAGACACGCGCACAGUGCAAAGAUCUCAUCUUCGCCGGAACAGACAGCACAGGCAUGAACAUGGCCACGAUCUUAUUCCAUCUUACUCGCCAGCCAGAAUGCUACAAGAAGCUCCGCGAGGAGAUCUUGUCGGCGGACCCGGGCUUUGACGACCUCCAGUCUCUCCCGUACUUACGCGGUGUCGUCAAAGAGGGUCUUCGUCUUGCAAUGGCGAAUCCCUCCCGUCUGCCUCGAGUGGUGCCCGCGGCGGGAUGGACGUUCAAGGACACAUACUUCCCUCCCGGCACGACCGUGAGCUGUCAGCCGUACACGCUUCACUUCAACCCCGACGUGUUCCCGGAGCCUCACAAAUUCAAGCCGGAGAGAUGGGCAGAACCGACCGAGGAAAUGCUUCGUGAUGCUAUUCCGUUUGGGUUGGGUAGUCGUCAAUGCAUCGCUAGGAACUUGGCGACGGUCGAACUGUACUGUGCCACGGAGAGACUGGCGAGAGCAGAUGCCCUGGCCGGCGCCCACACUCUCAAGGACAAGAUUCAAAUUCUAGAGUGGUUUAACAGCAAAGUCGUUGGAGAAAGGAUUGAUUUGGUCUGGGAAUAA